AUGGGUAGCGGCGGCUCCUCGGGACGCGGGAUGCGCUUGGCAUCGGCUGAAGGCCCUGAGGGCACCGAGCAGCGGCUGGAGGUGCGGAGGGGAAAGGUGCCCGAGGCCCUGUGGGCACAGCGCGGGAUCCAGAAGCUGUACCUGAGCGGCGCGGGGCUGCGGGAGGUGCCAGCCGAGCUGGGGGAGCUGCGGCACCUCCGCACUUUGGCUCUGGAUGGCAACGAGCUGAUGGAGGUGCCCGACGCCCUGUGCGAGCUCCCUCGCCUGGCACACCUCUACCUGGGGCGCAACGGCUUACAGUGGCUGCCAGCUGCCUUCGCCCAGCUCCAGAGCCUGAGGUGCCUCUGGCUGGAGGGCAACUUCUUCGCCCACUUCCCCCGAGCCCUCCUGCGCCUGCCCGAGCUCCGCAGCCUCCAGCUGGGUGACAACCGCCUGGCACGCCUGCCCGCCGCCCUGCCCGCCAUGGGCAGCCUCCGAGGGCUCUGGCUCUACGGCAAUCGCUUCACUGAGUUCCCGUCCGUCCUGCUGCUCAUGCUGCAGCUCCGCGUCCUGGACCUGGACCGCAACCGCAUUGCCUCCUUCCCCGACCUCACCGACCUCACCAACCUCUGCCUCCUCUCCUACGACCACAACCCCGUCCACCAGCCUCCCAGCGUGGCAGAUGCCACCCGGCUGGUGGGUGAUGGGGCGCAGGAGUUCAUGGAGGAGAGGCAGGAACGCCUGCAGAGCCUUCGGAACCAAGAAGAGGAGAAGGAGGAGGAGCAGGAGGAAGGCACCGCCGAAGCCCCACCGCUGGGUCCUGAGGAUGGCUGCCCGCUCCUGGAGGAUGAGGAGGGUGACUUUAUGGCCCUGCCAGGCUCCCCUGGGGAAACAUGA